AUGGAGGAGAGGGAGAAGAAGCCCAGAGAGGGAAGACGCCUCGAGAACUCGGCGACGAAGACCAUCACCCUCACGCCGACCCCGUCGACCUUUUCGUCAUCGAGAACACCGUCCACCGCCACCUGGAGCGGAUCGGAUGGCCGUAGCUCAGCCGACAGCUGUUACUUUCCGGGGUGCCGCAAAGACGCCAACUGCAACUGCGACAUCUGCCUCGCGAGCAUCGACGCCACCCGCGACCUCGUCCGGAACACAGCCCUCAUCUCCCCCCAUUUCCUCACCAAGCUCUCCUCCACAAAAACCCCGGCAAAGAGAUCGUUGCUCUUACCCGAACCCAAAUCGCCACCCGCCACGCCCGAAUUCGGCUCCUCCGUCACGAUCCCCUUAACACCGCCCGUCCAAUUCACCCCCCCUGCCCGAUCCACGGCAAAAUCGAGGCCGCCGGAGAAGGCGGCGGUGAGAAAGGAGAGACGCCGGGGUGUCGGGUGUAAGAUGCUGAGCCUUUUGGCUGGAUGGUUGUUGCUUUGGGCAGUGGAUUCGGGGUUGUCGGCGGCGGUGUUGAGGGGUUUUGGACCGAAGUUGACAGCGGAUGUAGUGCGGCAAUUCGGGGAGGAGUCGCGGGUUUAUGGGACCGAUUUGAAGGGGAGAUUGCGGAUUCUGCAGCAGAAGAUUGAUGGGGUUGUUGGUGGGGGUCUUUCAAAUUGCGGAUCCGAGGAUUCGGUUUGGGAAUUGAAGCAGGAGGGUCACCUUUUCUUCCACUGGAGGUGUGUUAUAUACAAAUCUGCAGCAGAGGAAGUGAGCAUCUGGGGAAGUCCCCUCCGGACAUCCGGCCUCCUCCCGACAACAUUCUCUCGUCGAUCCCUAACCCUUCUCUCUGGUCGAAUCACAGAGUGGUCCGACGGGAAGCUGAUGUCUACUCUCAGAGCAAGCAACAGCAGCUCGUGGACAUACCAAAAGUGGAGCUCCGCGGCGGUGCAAUUAGAUCCAGAGACAUGGGUGUUGGAGUACGAGAGGAGCGCUCUAUUUCACGGCCCGAGAUUGAUCCCUUCUUUAUGGGAGCUCCUGCAAUCGAGAUUGUCGAAGACGGAUUCAGCUCUAUUCGUGGUUUCUGUUGCAAUUCUCACAGACGGGGUUUAG